AAGACGAGCAGAGAAGAGGAGAGGAGGAAUCAACUUUUGAGAGUUUAGAAGGAGCCUCUGUCACUGGGUCAGUGUAGUUGUCAGUGUAGGGACUAUAGUGAGAUAAACUGAAAUAAGAAGCAGGCAGGCAGGUCAUCUAUAUCUGUUUUAAUAGUUGAUAAAGACAGUUGGAAAAGGGAAGUAGCUUAUUUCAUAAGAGGAAGUAAAGAACCAUUUUGUACAGUUUUCUCUAACCCUAACCCUCUACAGUCAGUCUGUCUCUCUGUCAGAUAGGAUCUGUGUGACUCAGAGAAAGCUGUUAGCAGUGUAACUGGUGGAUCAGGGUGUGUUGUAGUUAGUGACUGGGUAGUUGGCGUGGAGGGGAUUCCCACUCUGUGUUCUGCUGUCACCUGGACUGAAGCUUAAAGUACUACACCUGACUGAAGUGACAGAGGACCUGAGUGACUGCCGUUUCAUCCAUCCAUCUGCUACACCUGCUGCACCUCUACCUGCACCUCAUCAGACUGACUCACCUGGAGAGGCCACCUACCUGGUGGAACUAGAGUUCCUCUCCUGUCGUCCUGAUGUGGGAGAGGCAGCUUUGGGUACAGAAUUAAUGUGUGUGUUUGUUUGUGAGCUGUGGGUUUGAUUGAGUGUAUAAGAGUAUGAAUCUGAACGUCUCUGGUCUGUGGGAGGAGCUUCCUGUUAACUCCUCCGUGCGGUGUCCCUAUGUUGUGAUUGGUUGGGAGCCACAAAUGGAGCAGCUGUACUUUUGGUUCUACCUGCUGCUCUUCAUCCCUGGUCUCUGCCUCAACACCACGGCUCUCUGGGUGCUAUGUAGACACAUCAGUAAGAAGACCAAGGCAGUGAUCUUCAUGGUGAACCUGGCUCUAGCUGACCUACUCCAUGUCAUGUCUUUGCCUCUGAGGAUCCACUACUACCUGACACACACCUGGCCCUUUGGACAAACACUGUGUCUGUUCUGUUUCUACCUCAAAUACCUCAACAUGUACGCUUCCAUCACCUUCCUGGUGUGUAUCAGUGUCCAGAGGUGUGUGUUUUUGCUACAGCCCUUCUAUGCCAGGCGGUGGAGACGGCGUUAUGAUCUGUUGAUCAGCGCCACCGUGUGGCUGGUGGUGGGAAUAGGUUGUUCCCCUUUUAUUAUCAUGAGGAUCAGCAACAGCACUGUACCCAUUCAAUACACCCCUAGCCCCAGUACCAGUCUUAUACCCAGCUCUAACCACAGCCAAUACACUGGUAGUCCUAUUCAAUACUCCACACCCUUCACCUUACCUUACACAAGCUCCAGCCCUAGCGGCUGUUUUAAGGACCUGCCCACCAGGAAACUGCCAAUCCCCCUUGUGGCAGCCAUGAUGGUGCUGGCGGAGCUGUUUGGGUUUGUGUUACCGCUCAGUGCCAUCAGUUACUGCUCUCUCCGGAUCGCUCACUCACUGAGACAGAGACAGGACAGAGAACACCACCACAACCACCGCUGCCCCUCAACCAGCCAGGCCCAACCCUCAGUCCAGACAGACAGAGAGCACCACCACAACCACCGCUGCCCCUCAACCAGCCAGGCCCAACCCUCAGUCCAGACAGACAGAGAGCACCACCACAACCACCGCUGCCCCUCAACCAGCCAGGCCCAACCCUCAGUCCAGACAGACAGAGAGCACCACCACAACCACUGCUGCCCCUCGACCAGCCAGACCCAACCCUCAGCCCAGAUUAACAGGCAGAUGGACAAAGAUAAGCGUCGCGCCCUGAGGAUGGUUAUGAGCUGCUCGGCUCUAUUCUUGUUCUGUUUUGCUCCGUACCACAUCAAUUUCCUGUUGUACGUGAUGGUGUCUCAGGAUAUAGUGUCCCACUGCCCCACGAUGCUGGUGGUGCGUCAUUUCCACCCUGUUUCGCUGUGUGUAGCCAGUCUUUCCUGCUGUCUGAACCCUUUGUUAUAUUACUUCCUCACUGCAGAGUUCAGACAGCACCUCUCCCAACGCACCUCCUCCCUCUCCUCCUCCAUUAGAGGCCGGCUCAUGAGCCUGGAAAGCACUUCCUCUUUUAGGGAGUAACAACUCCUGUAGGGAGCACUUUGUCUCCUCCUCCUCUCCUCAAUCAAUCAAAUGUACAGUACCUUGCGAAAGUAUUCGGCCCCCUUGAACUUUGCGACCUUUUGCCACAUUUCAGACUUCAAACAUAAAGAUAUAAAACUGUAUUUUU